AUGGAAAGUACAAACAGUACCGAAUGUAAAAUGAAACUACUCUGCAAGCUACCAAAAGGAUUAGGUGCAAAUGGAAAUCUUAAUGAGAACUGGCACAAGGUUAGGCAAAGUUUUGACAUAUUUUUAAAAGUGACAAACAAUAUUAUAAAAUCGGAUGAGGUUAAAAUUGCUAUAUUAUUAAAUAUUGUCGGCAAAGAUGGUGUUGAAUUAUACAAUAAAUUUAAUCUCGAAGAAACGGAAAAGAAGAAUUUGGCAAAAGUGUUGCAAUGUUUUGAAGAGCAUUGCAAUCCUAAGAAAAAUGUUGUACAUGCAACAUUUAAGUUUUUUAGCAGAAUACAACAAGAAGAUGAAAUAUUCGAAAACUUUUUAACAGAUAUAAAAAAGCUGAGUCAAAUGUGUGAAUUUGGUAUAAUGACUAACAGAAUGGUUCGAGACAAGAUUGUGUUUGGAAUAAGAGACAAAGCACUACAGGAUAAAUUUCUAAAAAUGGAAGAUCUUAAUUUGCAAAAGGCAAUUAAUUACUGCAGAGCUGCUGAGAUUCGAGAAAAAAAUCUACAAAGUAAACUAAAAAAAUAUAGUCUAAGGAAGAAGGUAACACAGAAGUCUAAUAGAGUCAGAGGCAAGAAGGCGACACAAAAAUCCAACUGCAGUGUAUGUAAUACAAAACAUGGCCCAAACAAAUGCUUGGCAAAUGGGAAAAAACACAAGGAGUGCAGUAAACUAAAUUAUUUACCUGAGGAGGAAGAAGAAGAUGACGAACGGAUUCCAGUUCGACGUUGGAUACGUAAAAAUUACACAAAAUUAACCACAAAUAAAGCAAAAUGCAAUCAUUGUUCUGAAGUAUUUAGUUAUAAGUACGUACCUGAAUUACCUUGCCACUUGAGGUUGGUCCAUCCAGACAAAUUAACAGAAAAGGAGAAGGAAGAUCGUAAAAUCAGUUGGAUAUGGGAUUACUUCACACCAGGAAAUAAUAUGACUGCUGUAUGCAACAUUUGUAAUAAAACAUAUAACAUAGUAUCAACAACCAGGUGUUUAAUUAAACAAGUAAAACGCGUUCAUAGGGAAAUCGCUGCAAAGUUUGCGGAUGAUAUGAGCAGCGAUACAAACAAGCAGGAUACGACUACAAAAAAAGUAGAAUCUCAAGGAGAUUUAGCAGCUUCAUCUAAUAAUUUGAACGGAAACACAGAAGAAACAGAAUGUUCUCUUAGCAAGAAAAUCAUUGUAAGGCAAACAAAGGACAUGAGCGAUAAUACGAAUAAGAACAUAAUUAUAAUUAGAGUGAAACCUGAAGAAGACGCUACAGCUUCAUCUGAAAACACAGGAGAAACAAAAGUUUUUAAGGAGUAAUUAUUCGCUUUACAUUUAUCAUACACAAUAACCGAAAAUAAAUUU